UGUCGUGAUUAACAGGCACUCAACGAGAGUUCUUGAUCCCACAGCGAGGUUUCGAUUCGAUCUGAUUCCGCAUAGAGAAGAUGAGCACCUUCCAAUAUGAUUUCAACAAUCAAGAACCGCCAAGCGAUUUCGAGACUUUCAAUAAUUCGGUCAACUCGGCGAUGGAUCGGUUCUUAGCUGCUGCCAUUAUUUCCGGCGUGGUGGGGACUGUAGCGUCCGUCACCGUCGUGUACUUCAUCAUCGAUUGCUUGAAGAAAGCGGGAUCCGCGAUCCCAAGCUAUGCCAGGAUAGCUACCAAUGACUUGGAAAAGUUUCCACAAGUUGUUCGUUCUUCGCCAUCCGGGGUAAUCUCCGUUGCCCCGCCAGCUAUCUCGCCGGGACACAACUGGGAAGUGCCUGAUGAGUUUGGUACCCUGGAGAGAUUCCUGAAGCCCACCAGGUUUUCUUCGGAGCAGCUAGCUGUCUACACCAGAGAUUACGCCACCUUGCUCGGUUCCGGCGCUUAUGGAGUUGUCUUCAAAGGCGAGUUGCCGAACGGAACUCUGGUGGCCGUCAAAGUGCUCACCAACGUCCACGACAAGAGGAUCGAGGAGCAGUUCAUGGCAGAGGUGAGCUCCAUCGGAAGAACUCACCACAUAAACCUCGUCAGGCUCUACGGCUUUUGCUUCGACUCGACGACGAGGGCGCUUGUCUAUGAGUACAUGGAAAAUGGGUCCCUCGACGGGUUCCUGUUCGGGAACAAGACAGCAAUCGAUUGGUGCAAGAUGCACGAGAUUGCCGUGGGGACUGCGAAGGGGAUCGCCUACUUGCACGAGGAAUGCGAGCAGAGGAUCGUCCACUACGACAUAAAGCCUGCGAAUAUCCUCCUGGAUCGGAACUUGAGCCCGAAGGUGGCGGACUUUGGGCUCGCCAAGCUCCACAACAGGGAAAGCAGUCGGCUCCUCAUGACGGGGUUCCGCGGGACCCCCGGGUAUGCGGCGCCUGAGAUGUGGAAACCGUUUCCCGUGACCUACAAGUGCGAUGUGUACAGCUUCGGGAUGCUCCUGUUCGAGAUCGCGGGGAGGAGGAGAAAUCACGACCCGAACCUUAGUGAGUCUACACAGUGGCUCCCGCGGUGGACGUGGGAAAUGCUACAGACCGGCGAGUUGUUGGUGAUGGUCGGUCUCUGUGGGGUUGCCGAGAGUGAAAGGGAGAAGGCGUCGAGGAUGUUGAAGGUGGCUUUGUUGUGCAUUCAGUAUAAGCCGGAGGCAAGGCCGGCGAUGAGCACUGUGGUGAAGAUGUUGGAAGGAGAUAUGGAAAUCCCGACGCCCGAAUAUCCGUUCGAGUACCUCGAUCCGGCUAAGCCUCAUCAGUUAUCGGACAAUGGAAGCGAAUGGGACUCGGAGCCGUCCGCCUUGAGGGCCACAUACUCCGAAGGUUGCUGCUCCAAUCCUGGGAAGCAAUCUGUGCAAAAUGAAAUAGAGCUAGCUACCAGAUAACAUUAUUAA